AUGCACAUUUGGGUUUCUGAGGAUCUUCUUUGCAUCUGGCACACUCCGUCCCCUCCCUCUCUGGCGCGCUCCAUCCCCUCCCUCUCUGGCGCACUCCAUCAUGUCGCACUCUGGCACGCUCCGUCUCCUGGGCACUCUGGCACGCUCCGUCUCCUGGGCACUCUGGCUCUCUCCGUCCCCUGGGCACUCUGGCUCUCCGUCCCCUGGGCACUCUGGCUCUCUCCGUCCCCUGGGCACUCUGGCUCUCUCCGUCCCCUGGGCACUCUGGCCGAUCCGUCCCCCUGGGCACCCUGGCAAAAAAAAAAUCCCCUGGGCACUCUGGCACGCUCCGUCCCCUGGGCACUCUGGCACGCUCCGUCCCCUGGGCACUCUGGCACGCUCCGUCCCCUCCUUCUCUGGCUCGCUCCGUCCCCUCCUUCUCUGGCUCGCUCCGUCCCCUCCUUCUCUGGCUCGCUCCGUCCCCUCCUUCUCUGGCUCGCUCCGUCCCCUCCUUCUCUAGCGUGCUCCAUCAUCCCCUCCUUCUCUCUGCUCCCUCAUGUCACACUCUGGCUCGCUCCGUCCCCUUGCGCUCUGGUACAGUCCAUCCCCUCUCUGCCAUUCUUCUUUCCUUUGCAAUGUUUUCCAUCUCUUUUCUCCUCUUUGCUAAAAUGUUACUUCCUUCCUUUUUCUAUUUGA